UUUAUGGCUGAAUGCAUGUCACGAGGUGCUGUUUUCUCCAGUCUAAAAUCAACUCAGUAUUCCAGCCGUCAUCCAAUGAAUUGUAUAUAUGGCAUUCGACAUGUUAGUGUGUUAAUGAUUGUAGACUGGAAAAUGCACCCCUCAUCAUGAACUCAUUGCAGCUGCAGGUCUAUGAAUAAGUGCUUUUCUGUACCACAGCUGUUCAGAAAGGUUUCUGUGUGUUUGUGUGUGCGUGCUGGACUAAUGCCUCAUCUAUUUCUUGGGGCUGUUCUCUUUUCUUUUUAUAUGCUUCACCUGAGCCUUUAUCUUUGUGCUGAUGUGUGCCCUAUGCAUGCUAAUAUCUCUCCCACAGGCCACACAUAUGGACCAGACACACACACUGUGAAUUCGCCUUGCAUGAUAACUCUGACCCACAGGCCCCUGAACGAUCACAUUAUUCUGUGAUGGCCAUGAUCUUUGUUACUAGUGGCCAAAUUUUCAUAGCUGAUAUUUUGUUGGCAGGAUACGGCCUUGGUGCUGCUGGUUAUCUUGGAGAUGGUUUAACUGACGGUUAUGGAGCAGGUCUAGGGGCAGGUGGAUACCCACAGGGAGUUCGUGCAGGAAAGCAGAUUGCAGGCUACAGCAACGGAUACGGCAGUGAGGUUUAUGGCACAGCAGACGGUUAUGGAGCAGGUCUUGGCGCUGGAGGCCUUGGAGGUCCAGGACUGGUAGUGAACCCCGGCCUUGGUGCUGAUGCCAAGUCUAGAAAAUAUGGGGCUGGCGGAGUUCUUGGAGCUGGAUCCUUGCCUUACGGUGGCCAGCCUGUGGUCUCAGCUGGACUUGACCCUCAAAGCAAAGCUGGUAGUUAUGGUGGAGCUACAUACAGAGGAAUACCAACGCUUGGGGCAGACACUUCUUUGGGUGGUACAGGUGGAGCAAUGGAGCCAUUAGCAGGCGGAGCUGUAGGCCAGAUUCCUUACAACGCACCAGUCAUUGCAGCUGGGCUUGAAGCUGAUGCUGGUUAUCCUUUUGGUGCUGAGCAAGUCAGCCUGGGUGCUGAUGCUACAAAGACAGCCGCCAAAUAUGGCACUGGAUAUGCAGCUGCACUGAGUACUGGGGGUCAAGGGCCCUAUGCUGGACAGAAGGAUGGAAGCAAGCUUAGUGGCAUUUAUGGGAAUGGCUACAAAGGCUGAUUUCCAAGGCCAUGCUGUUAAACUCGUCAGUGUUUUCUUAGCCCUUUUAUGCCUAGUGUUCCUCACCGUUGUGCAGUUUUGUGACAUGUUUUGUCUGCCAUAUUGUUUUGGUGUUGGUGUUGGUGCCCUUUUGCGCCGGGCAUGUGUGUUUUGUGUGUACGUGUGGUUUUGAUGUUCAUUGUUAUGUUGCUUGAUGUGUCCCCAGUCUGUUCGUUUGUCUUGUCCAGUGGAGUGUUUUAUGUCCCUUGUGUGUCUCUGUAUCUAACUAAAACAUGCUAAGCACUUCAUUGACUGUUAUUUUAAUUCUUAUGAAACACUAAAUAUUCCAC